CUCCAGGUGGCCAUACCCAUCGCUGCCGCGUUCAGUCUACUGAUGCUCCUGGUUGUCAUGUACUGCUGGCAUAAAAACAGAGGUCUGGAGGUGAAGUACAUGAAACUGGCUGAGAACUCUGACCGUAACUACGACGGUGAACUGCCUGGGGUGGACUCCUGCGCCUUGGAGGAUGGAGAGGAUGACCAGUACGACUCUGUGACAUUCAAGGAAAGUCGUGGCGCCAGGUUCUUCAAGAAACUGCGUGGCAAGAGGGGAAAGGUAAGCUGUCGGCACAGAAAAGUUAGGCACUUGUCAUGAAGUUCUUUACACCACUCUUAGACACUCGUGGUUAAGACACUAAGGAUAUUGAUACCACAGUUAGGCACUUAUCACUAAGAAUGUUGACACUACAGUUAGA